AUGUCUUUGGUUAAUACGAAUAGUACCUCACGCUUGGUGCCACACGUUGAGAGAGCCAUCGCCGCACGACUCCGGAGCGAAAACAACUUUAAUCCAUGUGGAGUCCCACGACACAGUCAAAGGAUCGCCGAUCGUUGGCUCGCCAUGAACAUCAAUUCUGACCCGUAUAUGAACCCCAUGGAGAAGUGUCAGGUUUGGGUCGAAACGAAGGAAAUCACAUCACACCUUCUCAACAACCAACGUUAA